AUUGAGUAUCUCUUUUUUCAGUCUUUGGGGCUUUUAAAAAAGAGCCACUAGUCUCAAUGCGGAGCGGGCUAUGACAGCCUCCGUGCUCCUCCACCCCCGCUGGAUCGAGCCCGUCAUGUUCCUCUACGACAACAGCCUGGAUGAGAUCAAUAAGAACAUGGACGGGUUUCACGCCGGCAGCAACUUCGCGGCGGCGGCGGCCAACCCCUGCCGCAACCUGAUGGCUCACCCCGCGCCCCUGGCCGCCCCCAGCGCCGCAGCCUACACCUCCAGCGAGGCCCCCGCCGCCGGCAUGGCCGAGCCUGCUGUCAAGCAGUGCAGUCCUUGCUCGGCCGCCGUGCAGAGCUCCUCCGGCGCCGCCCUGCCCUACGGCUACUUCAGCAGCGGCUACUACCCCUGCCGCAUGACCCACCACAACGCCAUCAAGUCCUGCGCCCAACCCGCUUCCACCUUUGCCGACAAGUAUAUGGACACCUCGGUCUCCGGUGAGGAGUUCACGUCGCGGGCCAAGGAGUUCGCCUUCUACCAGGGCUAUGCCGCCGGGCCUUACCAGCCGGUGCCCGGCUAUUUGGAUAUGCCUGUGGUGCCCGCCAUCGGCGGCCCCGGCGAGCCGCGCCACGACCCCCUACUCCCCAUGGACAGCUACCAGCCUUGGGCCAUCACCAAUGGGUGGAACGGGCAAGUGUACUGCCCCAAGGAGCAAAGCCAGCCGCCUCACCUCUGGAAAUCCACCCUCCCGGACGUUGUUUCUCAUCCCCCGGACGCGAACUCUUACAGACGUGGGAGAAAGAAACGAGUGCCUUACACAAAAGUCCAGUUAAAAGAACUCGAAAGGGAAUAUGCUACAAACAAAUUCAUAACCAAAGACAAACGGAGGAGGAUAUCGGCAACUACAAAUCUGUCAGAGAGACAGGUCACAAUCUGGUUCCAAAACAGAAGGGUCAAAGAGAAAAAAGUGAUCAACAAAUUGAAGACUACCAGUUAAUGGAUUAAAAAUGGAGAAGCAGCAACUCUAACGUUUCAGAACUUUUUUUUUCCCGUGUUCAAAUUAAAAUAAUUAUUAAUAAUAAUUAAAAAGAGAAAAGACAACGAACCUCUUCUUUCAGAACAAGAAAUCUGUAUCUUUGGAAUUAUAGCUUUCUUGGGUUGUUUUUUUUUUUAUUAUUAUUAUUGUUGUUGUUGUUUUGAUUUUUUUGUUGUUUUUUAAUAUUGCUGUAGCAGAAUGGUUAAAACUGACAGUUCUCCUGAGAUCCGAAGCAGCCAGCCAAUAUCACUGACAGACUGUAAAGCCCACACACUCAACCCUGAAAGAUAUACUUUCAAUUAAGACAUGAUUUUCUGCAAAACUUACAUGUGCUUCUACGACCUUACUGUUUGAGAGGACUCGUCCCGGCCACGAUGCAAGAGCUGGUUAACAUGAGGAGGUCGAUGUGGACACAUAACCAGGUUUUCGUCCAUUGAAAUCCAAACUGUAUAUUGAAUGACUGCUCAGGUAAACCAUAGUACAAAAAAAUUACUGUAUGUUUUUAAGCAAUUUAAUGUCAAAAAGUAAUAAUAAACCUCGAAGGUACUGAAUAAGGAUUUCAGAGACAUCAGUAAUGAAGGAAGAUCUAUGGAGGAUCUAUCUUGAUAGCAAAUUAAAAGCAUCACAAAAUAGUGGGGUCAGAAAGUAGAAUAUUUACUUGGAGAUGUCUUAAGGGUUUAGGUUUUAAUUUCAACAGAUGAUUUCUUAUCAUCUGAACUGAGAUUUAUUUUAUUGUUGGUUUGUUGUGGGUUUUGGUUUGGUUUUUGUUUUUUUCUGACCUGCAGACCAUACAAUACUUCUUAAAAAGGAUUCUGCCUAUUUUAAAACCCAGAUAAUCUUCAAGAAUUAAUAUUCUAAGUCCCCUGAAAAUUUAAAAUAUUUGCCUCUGGGUGGACACAAAACCCAUGAACAUUGGCAUUUCUUUACUAU